AGAGUAACAGAAGAGAGUGAGACUGCCCAGGAAAUGAACAUUUGAUGUUGAAAGAUCUGAGUCAGCCCCUUUCUGAGAAGAAAAACGGAAACUAAAUUCCUCCCCUCACUGCAGAAGCAGCCAUGGCUGCUGCAAAGGCAGGACACACGCUCCUGAGUGAACUGACUUGCUCAGUGUGUCUAGAUUCUUUUAAAGAUCCCGUGUGUCUGGAUUGUGGGCACAAUUUCUGCCAAGCUUGCCUCACUCAGUGGUGGCAGGGACUGAGUACAAACUUCAGCUGUCCGGAGUGCAGAGAAACCUUCUCCCAGAGGAACUUCAAACUGAACAGGCAGCUGAGGAAUAUUGUAGAAGCCUCCAGACCCCUGACAAUGGAGCCAAAACAAGAACCAGAAGUGGAGACAAUAUGUGAGAAACACAACGAGGCUUUGAAAAUCUACUGCCAAAAGGACCAAAUCCCCAUUUGCCUGGUUUGCCACCUGUCCCGAGAUCACAGAGACCACACCGUGGUUCUCAUAGAGGAAGCUGCCGAGACUUACAAGGACCGAAUGCAGAGCUCUCUGAAGAUUUUGAAGAAGGAAAGAGACAGGAUUCAGUCAUUUAAAUUGAGCGGGGAAAAGAAAAGCCAAGAACUGCUGAAACAGCUAGAAACUGAGAAGCAGAAAAUUGUGUCUGAGUUUGAGCAACUGUCCAAGUUUCUGAAGGGACAAGAGCGACUCCUGCUGGCCCAGCUGGAAAAACUGAAGAAGGAAAUUGAAAAGAGGCGGGAUGAGUAUGUGGCUAAACUACAUGAGGAACUGUCCUCGUUCAGUUCCCUGAUCAGCGAGAUGGAGCAGAAGUACCAGCAGCCAGCGAUAGAAUUCAUGCAGGACAUCACAGGCACCUUGCGCAGAUGUGCGAGAGAGAAGUUUUACACCCCAGCCUUUUCUUCUGAUCUGAAAUGGGAAUCGUCUAAAAAAGCUGAAUCCCUGGAAGACAUAAUGAAGAAACUCAAAGACACACUGGCGUCUAGACUGCCGUUCCUCAAAGAUCACAAAGACUACACCGUGGUGCCCAUAGACGAGGCUGCCCUAGAUUCCAAGGUUCACAUUCAGCACCACCUGGAGACUUUAAAGCAGAAGCGAAAAGAGGUUCUGAGACUCAGGUCGAAUGGGGAAAAGAAAAGCCAGGAACUGCUGAGAAAGACACACCUGGAGAGGCAGACAAUUGUGUUUCAAUUUCGGCAACUGUGCCAAUUUCUGAAGGAACAAGAGAGAUUCCAGCUGGCCCAGCUAGACGAGACGGAGCAGGACAUUGUCAAGAAGUGGGAUCAAUAUAGCGCCAAACUACAUGAUGAAAUUUCCUCUCUCAGUACGUUGAUCUACGAGCUACAGCAGAAGUGUCGGCAGCCAGCCAGUGAAUUGCUGCAGCCUGGCCGAGUUUUGCAAAGACAAGCCACUUGUGAUGGAAAAGAGAAACACCCUGCGUUUUCUGUGUCUGCUCCCUGCCCCCCACACUUUGGUUCUGUCUCUGCAGCCAACGUGACCCUGGACCCAGCCACGGCCCACCCCGAACUCAUCGUGUCUGCGGAUGGGAAAAGCGUGAGGCGGGGAGAGACAUGGCAGGAUCUGCCCGACACCCCGGAGAGAUGUGACACUGAGCUCUGUGUGCUGGGCUGUGAGGGGUUCAGCGCUGGGAGGCAUUGCUGGGAGGUGGAGGCCGUGGGGCUUUGUGCUGUGGGAGUGGCCAGAGAGUCUGUGAGCAGGAAGAGACGGGUCCGUGUUAAACAUAAACAGGAAAUCUGGGCUGUGGAGUGGAGCGGGGACCAGUGGUUCCCGGCUUUCACCUCCUCCGUGGUCUCCCUGUUCCUGAUCAAGACACCCAGAAGGCUCCGGGUUUAUCUGGACUUUGAAAGCGGGAAGGUGACGUUUAUCGAUGCUGCUAAAGGGGAGCUGAUCGCCACUUCCGCGUUUUCUGUCGCCGGCGAGAGGAUCUAGCCGUUCUUCCGGCUUGGAUUCCAAAGCCUCUCUGGGUUCUUCCAUCCCACUUCCCAGCUCACACUGUGCCCCUGACACGCCCGGCGUCGCCGUCUUUGUUGGACAGAAAGAAGGGAAAACCCAGGUGAAAAAUUAAAGGACGAGGCUUUAUUUGAAAGUUCACGCCUGGGCCCUUUUCUGUGGCUCUCAGAACUACAAUCCACGAGCUUCAAUUGCAUGUUUUAAAUGGUCAGUGGACAUCACAGGGGCGGGGAACCUUUUCGUGGUCGGGGGACACUGACCCACAGUCGGGGGCCGCACGCAAGUGGGAAGCCGAAAGGACAAAACAAACCUUCAGUGACAUGGCCCCCGACUGAAGAGAGAGACACUCCCCACAUUCCCUGCACAA